GGAGAGUGCGCGUGUGUGAUAGCUGUGGGCCGCGGCGGCAGCUAGUGUGUCCGAGUGUGAUGCCGGUGACUGUCUGGGUGUGUCCAUCUGGACCCUCCGAGGCUUCUUUGCGUUUUAUUCGUUACCGCCCAGGAUCGCACCGCAGCCUAAGUAACUGCUGGCCUCGGCGAGAGGGGGGGAAGCAAAGACCCCGGUGCCAUCCUCAACCCCUCUCCCGAGGAGGAGUGGAGGUCCUGUUCACAAGGGCCGGCCUUUCUAAAUAUGCCCCAGGAUGACGGAGCGGCCGCCGAGCGAGGCGGCACCCAGUGACCCCCAGCUAGAAGGACAGGACGCGGUCGAGGCCCGCAUGGCCCCCCCGCACCUGGUCCUGCUGAACGGCGUCGCCAAGGAGACCAGCCGCGCCGCCCCCGCGGAGCCCGCGGUCAUCGAGCUGGGCGCGCGCGGCGGCGGCGGCCCGGGGGGCGGCCCCGCGGGUGGGGGCGGCGCCGCCAGGGACUUAAAGGGCCGCGACGCGACGGUGACCGAAGCGCGCCACCGGGUGCCUACCACCGAGCUGUGCAGACCUCCGGGGCCCGUCCCGGCGCCCGCGCCCGCCUCGGUCCCCGCGGAGCUGUCCGGAGACGGCCGCAUGGUGCAGCUGAGCCCGCCGGCGCUGGCGGCCCCCGCGGGCCCGGGCCGCGCGCUGCUCUACAGCCUCAGCCAGCCGCUGGCCUCGCUGGGCAGCGGAUUUUUUGGGGAGCCUGAUGCCUUCCCAAUGUUCACCAACAACAACCGGGUGAAGAGGAGGCCCUCCCCCUAUGAGAUGGAGAUCACUGAUGGUCCCCACACCAAAGUUGUACGAAGAAUCUUCACCAACAGCCGCGAGCGAUGGCGGCAGCAGAACGUGAAUGGGGCCUUUGCCGAACUCCGCAAGCUGAUCCCCACGCAUCCCCCAGACAAGAAGCUCAGCAAGAAUGAGAUCCUCCGCCUGGCCAUGAAGUACAUCAAUUUCCUGGCCAAGCUGCUCAAUGACCAGGAGGAGGAAGGCACCCAGAGGGCCAAGCCUGGCAAGGACCCUGUGGUGGGGGCUGGUGGGGGCGGGACAGGGAGUGGCACGCCCCCUGAAGACCUUCUGCAGGAUGUGCUUUCCCCCAACUCCAGCUGCGGCAGCUCCCUGGAUGGGGCAGCCAGCCCGGACAGCUACAUGGAGGAGCCGGCGCCCAAGCACGCUGCCCGAGGUCUCCACCCUGCCCUGUUGCCUGCCGCUGAAGGGGCCGGGCCCCGGUGAUGUGUCUGGGGCUGCCCAGGAUCAGCAGGCAGGGGCUUCUAGGCAGAGGGGUUGUUGGGCUACAGGGCAGGUGGGAUGAGAAGCAGGCAAUGGAUUUGAACUUCUAAACUUUGGGAAGCCCUAACUGACCCUGGACUGGCUUUUGUUUCCUCAGUGAGAGAGCAGGAAAAAGGAGUGAAGUGGUAGGUACUUUUUCUGAAGAUGGCACGGUCUUCCCCCUUUCCCAACCCCUAAGACUUGCCAAGUGUCACUGCUUUGGGCCUGGAGUUUGUGACCCCUUUCUUGGACUAGACCUGUGGUUGUCAGCUGUCACCCAAGGCAUCCAGCAGUCUGUACCUUGCCUUUAACCCCUCUGAAGCUUGUUGGGUGGCUUUUGUGGAGGUUUCUGUCCAAAUAUAUAGGUACCCAAGAGCUGCCCAUGUCCUGAGCCCCAUCUUCACCCAGGCCCAUGGCAAUCCAUCGAGCUUGCUGGCUGCUGCAGAGCAUUAAGCCUUGAGGUGCCUUCUUCAGGGCCGGACUGCAGAAGCUGGCCCGUGGACUGACAGCCUGCUUGCGACUAGCUGGGCCAGAAAGCCCAGCAGCUCCUACUUCUUGCCCUGGGAAUCAGAGCUCUGCUUUCUCUCUGCCGAGACUUUCCUCUUUAUCCUGUGACUGUGGGGACUGAGUCAGCACCCCCACAAAGCUCUGUUGAGUUUCGUGUGCAGGUACAGAAAGGGAAAGUGACAUUAGAGUGAAACUUGAGUGUUUUGAGCGCAUGGGCUCCUAAAUGCCAGUGUUCAUGCCGGGAGCACGCGGCAGACUGCUGGGGCACGCGCAGCCUGUGGGCUUUCUGGAGGAUUAGAGGGAGCGCCUUGCUGCAAGAUAGGCUUAUGAGGGGAAUGCAAAAUGUCCUAUGAAUACUUUGUAUUUGCGAUUUUGCUUGAUUUCAGUUAUUGGUGGGAACUCUAGGCCUUCUAUGACCCAGGAUGUAGCCCACUGCUAAGAGUCCAGCCCUGGCUGCGACCUGCGCAUGCAUCACUCAGCACAACCUUAGAUGCGCCUCCCUCAUGCGGCUGCUGGCCCCCAAGGGUAUGCAUGAGAGGUUGGUUUCACACAACACCAGUGCCCCUCUAAAAGUUGUACAUGGAAUUUUUGUAAAUCAAAUCUUUCAUCUUUUGAAGAAACAACUACUACAAGUCCUUUCGUAAAGUAGAGAGCCCUUUUGUCAUGUGGACAGCUGCCCCCUUUGUUCUCUUCUGUCAGUCCAGGUGGUGGGACCAGGUUUUCUUAAGAUAAGUAGACCUGUCUUCAGUGAAGUCUAUCUGAGCCCUUGGAACAAAUUGCUCAGUUCUCUAUGUCUGUCACCGUAGCUUAAGUUACUCAGCCCUCUUCCCCUAAGCUCUGUCUCUGAGCCAGAGGAAAAUAUCCAGAACUCCAUCCUGUCAUGUCAGAGCCCAUUGCUUUUGUCUUUUGGGUUUUAACCCAGUGACUUGGCUCCACUAUGAUGGGGCUUCGAGUAUAGACUUAUGCAGACAUGGGCCAAUCCUGUCCCUCUUCCCUUCCUUUAAAGUGAUGAGGUCCAUUUCUUGGGCACCACAUGGUCAGCCACUGAAGCUCCUUGACUGUUCAUCUUAUUUCAUACUCUCACAUCACCAUAUAUGUCUCCAUUGACAUCAGGAUUUGUUCCUCUCCAGUGCUCUGGAGUUCAUGUUUAUCUGAGGAGUGUCAUCUAUGUGAAAAUGGAGCAGUUGUCUUAGUCUCCAAGGCUGUGUUUGCUUCGUGGUGGUUAACUUUGCGAGGGAAUAAAACAUGAUAUGUAGAUGAGUGGGCGGGUUUUGUAAAAGGAAGCACACGUUUUCUGGGGAGCUGUGUCACUGGGAUGGAGUAACCUGUCUUGGUCUGACUCCUAGGCCAGUGGUGUAGAUGGCUGUGACAUGAAAGUGAAAUCUUUUGCGACUGUAAAGAGCUCUGAUGGUAGUAGUGGUAGAGUGCUUGUCUAGCACGUACAGACCUUAGGUUUGAUCCCCAACACACACAGAAGAGGCUCCAUUUCCUGCUGUGCCUACUCCCCCACCCCUGCCGUGAAGUUCCAGCUAGAAGCCAGCCUGGGCAGUUGGCAGCUGGGUACUUUUGGUAACCCCUUUCCUGAGCUAUCUAGGUCCAGCUCGUUUCUCCAGGUUUCUUUCUAAAUGUCAUUCCAAGGCCAGGGGCAGGAGUAAGAAGGGACAAGAGAUUCGGGGAUGUGGGCAGACUGUCCACAAGUGGACUGGAACAGGGAAGGGGCAGGUUUUCAUCUGUCGUAAGAAGCUCCAGAACUCUGUUUACAUCUCCUAUACCCCACACCCUUCUCCUUCCUCUGCCUCCUCCUUGCCCUUGAAGAAACGGCAGCAGUCCAAGAAUAAUAUCUGUACAAAAGGAGAAAAUGUAAAGGUAAAACAUACUGAGAACAAAGAUGAAUGUAAUGACUGAAGAGAUUCACAUCUUUGAAGAAGAAUCCAUGUUUAUUUGUGGUGGUAAAUGACAAGAUGGUACAACCUUUAUCAUUUUCCAGAAGUAAAACAAUGGGCGCAGCAUCUGUAGUCAGCUGACAGCUAUUUCGGCCUUUCGUGUGGGUCUCUCUGUACUUGUGAUUCCAAUGGUACAUGACCCUCUGCCGAAGGCUUGCCCCCAGCCUGUGUACAUGGCACUGUCUGAGGGUGGGCCCAGCACUUUCCGUCAAUGUUGUACUGUAUGUAAUGAAUUGCGUUGGUCUCUGCAUUUUUUCUGCAGAAGAGGAGUAACCACUCCGGGUACCUUGACAUUUGUACAGCUCAGAGGCCAACACUGUGGGCGUGUGACUCUUUAGUGAAGAAACCUGUGUGGUGAUGAUGAUGUGUGAACAUAUAUAAGGUUAUAUGGGGAAGAUUUCUAAAUAAAAGUUUUACAAAGGA